AUGGUCACCAAUGGCAACAUCUUUUCUUCUCGCAAAGAGAUGUUUAUUAAAAGCCAGACGAUCUUCGCUGGACGGGGCAUUACUGCGACACCGUACAAUGACAGAUGGCGUAAACAUCGAGGUCUUGCCACGGCUUGGCUGAACACACGAGCCGUGAACAAGUACACUGAUGUUCUCGACAAAGAGGCGACAGUGCUGCUACACGCCUUGAACCGAGAAAGCAACUGUGGCAUGGUCCCCAUCAAUCCUCAAGUACAUGAUUCACGCCUCUUCUUAUCCCGGUUGACUAAUGAAUAUUUCAAGCCUCAUGCCGGUCGCUGCUCCCUCAACAACAUGCUCACCAUUACCUUUGGCAUGCGUACUAAUAGCAUCGAGCACCCAUUGGUGAGGCAGGCCCUCCAAUUGAGCCGUGAGUUUAUGAAUUGCACAGGGCCUAUGUCAAAUCUAGUCGAUUUUAUCAGACCAUUACAAUUCAUUCCGACCUUCAUGCAGCGCCGUGGCAAAAGACUUCAUGACACGCUCAUCAAGACCUAUGGAGAGAUCAUUGAUGGCAUGGAGCAAGACUUGAAUGCCGGAAGACCGGUUGAGGACUGCCUCGCGAAAAGCAUGCUUCAAGCCCCUAGAACGGAAUACCUAGGUGCUUUGGACAUGAGGAUUUUGGCUUCUGCCUUCAUGAUUGGUGGCACUGCCGGUAUCAUGCAAUGGUUCUCGGCCCUUAUACCAGCCUAUCCCGAUAUUCAGCAGAAGGCCCAAGAGGAGUUGGACCGCGUUAUUGGCCGACACCGUCUCCCAAAUAUCGAUGACGAGAGAAACCUGCCAUAUUGUCACGCUAUCAUCAAAGAGGUCGAGCGCUGCCGAAACCCUUUCUGGCUCGGUACGCCACACUUUAGUACGGAAGAUUUCGUAUACAAAGGCCACUUCAUUCCCAAGAACACUGCAAUCGUCCUCAAUACUUGGACCAUGCACCACAAUCCUGAGCGGUAUUCAGACCCAGAUACUUUCAAGGUAGGCUUACUUUCCACCCUCGAAACUCAUUCAUUACUCGCAGAGCAGGACUUCAGCUUAUACCUCUAA